AUUCUAACUCCGUGCCCUACUAGAUCUUAUACUUAAAGCAGCUUCUAUCCCCUAUCUACUCAAUACAACUCAGCUCUUCUUGUCUUCUUGUAUACUUAACAGAGUUACAAUCCAGAUUCUCUGCUUACCUCUUCCAUCCACCCACCUCCCUGCCGGUCGUCCUCUACUUCCAUUCAGUCACCAUGGGUCGUAGCUGUUGUAGCAGCAGCAGCCAGAGCAGCCGCUCAUCGUGGUCUGGGACGUCGAGUGAUGCUUUUGAAGAUGUCGACUAUCAAACAGACGGUACCAGUACAGACCAAGACAGUGAUAACUUGUCACUGCCGGACUCAUCAGACGAAGAUGACGGGCAUGGUCGGCCGCCAGAAUACUAUCGUGCCCAUGCAAAGAAGGUCAACAACACAGACGUCGUUCCAGCGUAUGCCUCUGGCACCAUUAUGCACCUUGAUAGGUUGACCGAGCAAUGGGAAAAAUAUUGUGAACACGUUGCAGAGGAUUCGAUACAUCUAAUGAAGUCUCUAACUGUCGGCGAUGUGGCUAGUUUCUUUCAGUGGAAGCUAGAUCAAAGGAAAGGCAAAGGCGGACGCAAACUUCGUGGUAUUAAGAAUGCAUCAUCUCUCAAAACCUAUAGGAAACAAUUUUUGCAAGUGCAUCGGAGGAUAACAGGAAAAGAUAUGGACAGCGAGUUAGUUGGACAGACCCGAAUGGUUCUGUCAGACCUUGCACGGGACUCGAAAUUAGAUCAAACACCGCGAGAAAAGGCUGCAAUGGAUAUCUUCGACGUACGAGAAGUGUCGCAAACAACCAUUGUAACCACAAAGAAGAUGUUUAAAGUGGGCCGCUAUCGUAUACAGACAGCCUUCUAUAUCCCGAGUGGGUUCAUUACUGGCAACCGGCCGGAUGCAAUCCUAAAGUUACAAUAUCGGCACCUAAGGGUUACGCUUCUGCGAGAUAUCAAAGGCGGGCCUCACCAAAUUUUGAUUGAGUACCUCUUCGAAUUUAAUAAGACAUUUCUUGGUCCUAAAGCUCCACUUGAAUUUCCAGUCCCAGAAAUCAUCUUUGAUCCAUCUCUUAUUCUAAGCCCUCACGUUUUCCUUCUAGGGUUAAUGUUUGCCGAUAAAGUUUUUCAGAUCCCAGAACUUACUCCGGAGAACAUCUAUUGGCUUGACAUCCGGCCUGGUUGCAAUUCACUAGUAUUACCGAUCAAGCCGGAGAUGAGGGAUGUCUACGUCUUUCGUAAGUGCACUUCAACGGAGAGCGGGUGUGUGAUAUCCAAAGAUCGGCUACCGGGCGCCACCCUGCGUGUUCAUCUGAAGGAUGUGGGCGAAAUUGCUGGGUUCAAGCAGGUAGCAAGGCCAUAUUGCCUUCGGUAUGGUGCAGGAAAUGCAUUUGAUCAGGACGGAAAUACAAGUGCUGACUUGCGUAAUUUAAUGAUGCAGCAUGCGAACACUGCUGUUUUCCUGAAUCACUACCUUUCCCGUCGCGUGACAACCGACACACAAGCCAUUGUUCGCGGCACGGAGCCUCAGACUGAGAUCAUGCGGGCGGCAUGUAGGAUGAGUCGAUGGAUUGAUCCGGAUCGGCCACGGCGCCUAACACCCGAACAGUCCGCAACAGUGAAUGACGACCUUCAAAUACAGGAACUUCUCCGACGACAAGAGAAGUAUAGUCGCAUACCUUCUCGACAAGAAAAGUACAAAGAAAUAGGCAAAAGAGUUCGCAAUAGGAGGCAGCAAUUAAGGCGCGAGCUGCGUAAUUGCAUUAGGGAAAAUUGGGAUCGAGAGCAGGCAGUGCGAGACAUUCAGCAACAGCUGUCAGGUUCGAAGUUUGGUGAUCAAGUCAAGACGAAGCUUAACCUUUGCCCCGAGAGAACCCCACUUCAUAACGCAUUGAUUGAGUCCCUAUUGUCCCUCCCUGGGACGACGCUGGAGGAAGAAUAUCGUCGGCGAAGUAAAGCCAUCAAUGCUGUCGCUGCCUACUGCUUAAUCGAGGAAGGUGUCACUCGAAGUUCCCAACAGCAAACGAGAUCGGCCGAGCGACAAGUCUUACCAACAGCUAUCGACUCAUUCGACGCAGCCUUCGAAGCAGCAAAGGUCUCUAUUUUUAAGGAAACCAGGCCGAAAAUCUGUUUUCGGUGCCUUGGGAACGAGGACGCACCCAAUGAAAAACGUCUUCAUUCCUUCGCUUCUUCGACAGAGCUCAGUAGGCACUUUAAGCAGUGCCAUUUGGCCAGGAUGCCAGACUUUGAGCCGCAAUGGUGUAGCAUAUGCGAUGUGAAGCUGGAACAUAAAGAGCAUCUCCGGCGACAUGCCCUUGAAAUACAUGGAACUGUCACAUGAAUAGAUAGCCUAUGUAUUCCAAAGAAAAGUGUAUAGCAACAUGUAAUCAAAACCUGUGUUGGCUCAGGAUGCAGAAUGUUUAUUUUAGCAGGACGUUUAUUUCAGCAGGAUAUUUAUUUUAGCAGGAUGUUUAUUUUAGCAGAAUGUUUAUUUUAGCAGGAUGUUUAUUUCAGCAGGACGUUUAUUUCAGCAG